CCAGUCCACGGCAACAUUAGAGGAGAGAAAGCAGAGGAGGCGUGUGUAUGUAUGUGUGUGUGUGCAUCUGUGCAGUGAGAGUAGAAGCACAGUGACUACUACUCUUUUUGUGGAGUGUCGGUGGCUCAGUGUGUGUGUGUGUGUGUGUGUGUGUGUGUGUGUGUGUGUGUGUGUGUGUGUGUGAGAGAGAGAGAAGACUAAGAAGCGGAGCACGUGUGUGUGUGUGUGUGUGUUGUUGAAGGAGAUGCUGCGGGGUGUGAUGGCUCUUUUGCGUUAGUAUUUGAGCGGACAGGAGAGUUGAAGGCAGUUGUUUUGUGGGACUCGCGGGGAAUGGCAAACUCCACGGUAUCCUUGGAAACCUCCGACUAAAUGACAAUGGCUGAGGCUAUCUGCUGCACUUUGGUGAACUGUAACUGUGACAGCUUCAAGUCCGGGAAGCUGAAGAGGAGGCAGUGUGAAAACUGCAAGCAUGGCUGGGUGGCACACGCCCUGAGUAAACUGAAGGUGCACCACAUGUACCAGAGCAGCCAGGUGGAGAUCGUGCAUUCCAACGUGGUGUUCGAUAUCUGCAGCCUGAUGCUGUACGGCACCCAGGCCAUCCCCAUCCGCCUCAAGAUCCUGCUGGACCGCCUGUUCUCCGUGCUCAAGCAGGAGGAGGUCAUCCAGAUCCUCAACGCACUGGACUGGACCCUGCAGGACUACAUACGGGGAUACGUGCUCCAGGAUGUAGCAGGGAAGGUGCUGGACCGGUGGGCCAUCAUGACGUUCGAGGAGGAGAUUGCCACACUGCAGCAGUUCCUGCGUUUUGGCGAGACCAAGUCCAUAGUGGAGCUGAUGGCUCUGCAGGACAAGGAGGGCCAGGCAGUGUUGGUUCCCAGCACUCGCACCAACUCAGACAUCCGCACUUUCAUUGAGCGCAACACCCCACGCACUGCUGCCAACCUCUCCACAUCCAAAGUCGAUAAGCUGAGCAGCAACAGCAUGCACCACUUUGAGAACUUUGUCAACAGCAUGGCCUUUAUGCUGCCCUUCCAACUGUUAGGCUCUGUUCCUGCUCCGUUUUUGGGCUCACCAACAGGGGCACCGCCGCACCAGCACCACCAGCAGCACCAGCAGCCAUUCCGCGGAUCAAUGGAGCAGCAGACUCAGAGACGAGAUGAUCAAGGUCGGGAUGGUCUAGGAAGGGACAAUCCCCUCCCUCUUUCCCACCCUCCAGAGAGCAGCCUGCUAGGUUCCAGCUCUGUCUCAUUCACUGCUGAUCUAGACCAAAGCGGAGACAAGCCAAUGGACAGCCUCUCCACCACCACCACAAAGAUCGAGGCAGAGGACUUCUCCACUAGUGACAACUACUCGGAUGGGCCAUCCACGCCGUGCACACCCUCCAUGAGCUCUGACGUAACCCAGAUGUCACCCGAGGGCAAGCUGCGCUCUUUGGACAGGAAUGGGUGCAGCGGUGGAGGGGUCUCGGGAGGAGGUGGAUGCUCUUUGAAGAAAGGUCGGGUAUUUUGCAAUGCCUGUGAGAAGACAUUCUACGACAAAGGAACUCUGAAAAUCCACUACAAUGCAGUGCACCUGAAGAUUAAGCACAAGUGUACCAUCGAGGGCUGUAACAUGGUGUUCAGCUCGCUGCGCAGUCGCAAUCGCCAUAGUGCCAACCCCAACCCGCGGCUACACAUGCCAAUGAACCGCAACAACCGGGACAAAGACCUGCGGGGCAGCUUGUCUGGUGAUGAGAGCUCUCAAGGAGAGAAGAGGUCUGAAUAUGGAACCCCCAUCCCUGUCUGCUCUGCAGAAAGCCAUAAGUCAGUGCCCAGCUACAUGGUGAGCCAUGUCGACACUGGCUCGAAACUCCACAGCAGCUCGUUCCCCAGCAUGGGCCAGAGUGGCAUCCUCUUCCCUAACUUAAAAACAGUACAGCCAGUCCUGCCUUUCUACCGCAGCCUGGUAACUCCGGCAGAGCUUGCCAACACCCCAGGCACACUACCCUCCCUACCUCUGUUAUCCUCCUCCGUACCUGUCAAGCCCAUCACAGCCCCUGAUCCUUGCAUGACAGACCCCAUACCAAAGAAAAAGUCAAGGAAGUCAAGCAUGCCAAUAAAGAUAGAGAAGGAAGUGAUAGAGCGGGAUGAGGAGAUGGACAAGGGGAGCAGCUCUGAGGACGAGGCUCCUUUACAGGACAGGAACAAGGAAGAGUGUGACGGACGCCGAGCAGAAGGACAUAUGUGCGCAAGACAAGCUAGGGAGGAGAGAGGGGCUUUCGUUGGGGAAGAGAAGGAAAGGGAGGGCGCCAAGCAUCUGUUGGACCAAUCCUUAGAUACAGAAAUGACAGCGAGAGAGGACAAAGAUGAUGAGCAAAGGCAAGCUGAAACCUCUGCACCCUCGCCCUUCCGAGACAGACUGAUGGAGAAUCACUGUGACAACAACUUACUCUGUCAGGAACCAAAUGGCAAUGAAGACAGGGAGGACAGGGAUCAUGCAAACUCGCUGCAUGCAGCUGACAAGAUUUCCGAGCUCCGAUGGGAUGAGGGUGAGCACAGGCUGACUAACGGGGGAGCUCUCCAGCUCAUAGACCGCCAGAGAGAGGGAUUGGGAUUGGACAGCUGUGUAGACGACUACAGUGACUCAGGUUUGUCUCACCUCGACCCCAGCGCUGACCUGCCACACCACUGUGAGAUCUGCAGUAAGACCUUUAAGAACCCCUACAGCGUCAAGAUGCACUACCAAAAUGUCCACCUGAAGGAGAUGCACAUGUGCACAGUGGACGGCUGCAAUGCUGCCUUCCCCUCCCGCAGGAGCCGAGACAGACACAGUGCAAAUUUGAACCUACACAACAAACUGCUGACCAAAGACUCAUUCAGCCCAGCCAACACCCUAUACUUGCCCUCAUCCCACUGUAGAGACAGAGACUCUGUUGGCCGAGACUACUACCAAGACCAGCGGGACAGAGAUCUGCCCCAUCGAGACCCAACUAGCCAAACCUCUGUCAUCUUCCGAGGACACAAUCGCAUGGGCCUGGUCUUCCCAAUGAGCAAAAUGUCUACUGCACCAACCAAUGCUGAGACCUCUCCCUUAGGAGAAAUGGAGGGAUCAGGAGUAGGAGAAGGGGGUGGAAAUGGGGACGAUGGGGCAGUCUUGGACCUGAGCACUUCCUCCUCUGCCCCACCUCGUGGCAGCGGCAGUGCUCGAUCUUCCUGGGACUCAGACGGUGCCGGUAGUGAGGAAGGGGAAGGGAUUGAAGAGGAUGAGGAGGCGCUCCCCAUGGAGGACAGCGAUGAAAGCUGCGAUGGGAUCGGCAUGGGGAGGCCUGGGGUCGAGGAGUUGGCACUCGGGGAAGAGAGGACCCUGGGCUGUAUUGGGGAGGACAAGGCGGGCUUCAUAGGCGGGGGUGGAUCUCCCAUAACCUGCCAUGUCUGCCAAAAGGUCUACAGCAACAAGGGCACAUUCAGAGCCCAUUACAAGACUGUCCAUCUGCGACUGCUUCACAAGUGUAAAGUCCCUGGCUGUGAUACAUCCUUCUCCUCUGUGCGAAGCAGAAACCGGCACAGCCAGAACCCGAACCUUCACAGGAACCUAGCCGUUAGCUCAGGUGCCACAAUAGACCAGGAGUAGGGUUUUGAGCUCAUAUGCCAACAUGACUGAUUUCCUUGGUUCUAAUUGUUCUUUUGUUGUUGUUGUUGUUGUUGUUGUUGUAGUUGUUGUUUUUGGGCACCUAAAGAAGGCUCACCAAUUAGCACUUUUUAAAUUCCAUAUCGUAGUCCAAUACUUUUGUCAGAGAGAAAAAAAAUAAAGUACAAUAAGGAGUUCAUUUGUUGUGGCAAAUGCAACUUCCUUUUCUAACAAAUGGCUUUACACACAUCCGUCUGUGUUUACACUUCAACAUAUAAAGAAUAACUGAAACAUACACUAAAUUAAUUUUCAACAUUGAGCAAUGCAACCUUCCAGUCUUAAUCUUCUGUUGUGACGCAGUACUGAUUUUUGUUUUGCAUUGGUUUGCCUUACAGCCCAGUUUAGACCUUAAAAAGAUGAAUUUGUAUGAACUGAAUUUGUCCAUGUGUUGUCCAAAGUGAGAGUUGAUCCAUGAAACUGUAUCAUGCGAGUUAUUUCUUUCUGGUGUUUUUGUUGUCAGAUAUCCAUAUCUUCCCUGUGAAGCUGUGCAUAAUGUAUUGAUCAAAAGCAGUAGUGAAGUAACCUCUACAUGUGUCAUUUCAUUCAUUUGGACAAUAGUUUUCAAAAAUAGUCUUUGUUGAAAAGCUAUAGUGUUGUAAGCUUGACCAAUAAGUUAUUGUGUGGUAUUAUAUAUGAUCUGUCUUUACUGUUUGUUGCAUACUGCUAAUGUUGACCAAAGAUUUUUUUCAGCCCACAGGUGUGUAUAGAAACCCCUUCAUUAUUUGUGAAGGGUUUGCAGUAUUAAAAGGGCCCGCCCAGUCUUUUCUCAUCUACUUUGUGAUUAACAGCAGUAUUCAGGGGUGGGCUCUGUUGUAAGAUAAAAUAGAAUUCACCAACACAAUCAAAAAAAACAGCUUUUGACUGAUCUGGGUGAAAAGAAUAUCUUGAUUUUGGUGGAGUUUUUGUAAACAAAAUCUGCUCAUGGGACUAGACUUGAUUAAGGUAUUGCUCUUGUAUUGUUUGUGUGGUUGCUUGCAGUAUCCUGACUGACUGGACAAACAGCAGGAAUAAAUGCUGUGUCUGGAGGCUAGAAGCAUGUACUGUGAAUAAGUCAAACACUGAGAAAUAAAAAGAAAAAAAAGAAAUGCAAUUUAUAAUAAUGGCCCCACACGUGAGCACACCCUAAAAUAGAACUGGUAAACAAUAUGUUUAUUGAACUGUAUAUUCUGUGAAUAGAGUAAUUUGUUAUCUGAAAGAAACCAAAAAAUAUACUGUAUAAAAUAAUGUCACCACUAACAUUACAUGGUUUUUUUUCUUUUCUUUUUUUUUGUGAAUGAACAAGAACAUUGUGUUGUACAUUAUGAUUAUUUCAUCAUGGUCUAUUGUUCUGAUUUUGCUCUACAAUCUGCAUAUUGUUUUCAUUCUGUAUUUAAAUGGAAUGGGCCCAAUUUAAGAUCCCAUUAGUUUGUUGUUUGAAUUUGUUAAAAAAAGGAGCAAAAUCUACAUAUGUUGACAGGUGUUCAUGUUUCCUUUGAUUUAAUGUUACAAUAUUCAUUCCAAUUAAAUAAAAAGCCAUAUGUUUGCAAGCCUCA